UUUAAAAUCUAAAUAAUUCGAAAAUAGCGCCUAAAUUGUACUGUAUAAAUAAAGCAUCUAACUACGCUAUUUCUAUGUGUAUUUUUCAUGUAAACUUACACAAAUUCAUGAAUUUGAGGAAAAUAUCACAUUUGUUUUGUUCAAUUCCUGUGUUUCGACAAAAAUUCGUCGCAAGAACAUCAUUUGCUAAUAUUUGUACGAGAACAAUGGCUCAAAAAACUGCUGUUUUACUUCUUGCUGAUGGAGCUGAAGAAAUGGAAGCUGUUAUUACUGCUGAUAUUUUGAGACGAGCCGGAAUCGUUGUUACCAUUGCAAGUGUAAGUGGAAACGAAUGCGUGACAUGUAGCCGAGAGGUAAAAAUUUGUGCUGAUGCUAAAUUACAAGAUAUCAAAAAUCAAUCUUUUGAUGCUGUUAUUCUUCCCGGUGGAUUGGGAGGUUCAAAAGCUCUUGGAGAUUCUAAAGAAGUUGGUGAAUUACUCCAACGUCAAAAAAGCGAAGGCAAAACCAUAGCUGCUAUUUGUGCUGCACCUACAGCAUUGAAAAAUCAUGAGAUUGGGAAAGGAUCGAGAAUUACUUGUUAUCCAUCAAUGAAAAGUCAAUUGGCUGAUUAUUAUAAAUACGAGGACCAAGCUGUUGUCAUAGAUGGAAAUAUCAUAAGCAGUAGAGGACCAGCAACAGCAUUCGCUUUUGGAUUGGCAAUCGUUGAAAAUUUAUUGACCAAAGAAAUUGCGGAUACAGUUUCAAAAGGGAUGUUGUAUAACGAGUAUAAAUAAGAACAUAUAUAUAUAUACAUAUGUUUAUUAUAACAGUAACUACAUGACCAUUAGUAAUCACUGGGUCUCAAAAAAUGAAUAGAAAUGUACUGAAUAGAAAUAUUUAACCAAUUGAAAAUAAUAAUCGGUUUAAUUGAUUGCCUAAUAAUGAGUAAAUUUUUAAUUAAUUAAUUUUGUGAUAAAAAAAAAUUAUUCCGGAUAGAAUAAUGGUAAAUACUGAUUCAAUAAACAUAAGCUCGUAAAUUAAUAAUUUUUUAAAUUAUGUGAAUGACAUGAGUGUUUUUACAUUGCUGGUAUUUAUACAUCAUAUGUAUUUAUUGAAAAU